GUCAUGGCAGACAUCAAAUCAUCGGAGAGUUUAUCGUAGAGGCCUUUUUUCUGAAAACGACUGUGCGAAAGUUCGCGAAAAUGCAGGACGAGAAGCUAUUAGAAGUUUCUCUGGAAGCAGUAUCCAGCAGAGUCCAAGAAUUAAAGGAAGCAAUUCAAGCCUUCCUGAUGAAACUGGAGCACGAGCAAAUGAACUGGCCCUCGGUUUUGGAUAACUAUGCUCUCUUAUCAGGUCAAGUAAAUACAUUGACAAAACUCCUGAAGAAUGACAAAACUCCCCCCUUUCGAAACCUGGUGCUCCUGCCUGUAUUAGUACAACAAGAAACAGACCCAGAUAUACAGAAAGCAAGCGAAGGUCGUAUACAUGCAUUUGACCAUGAAGUUGUCCCAGACUAUCUGCGAACAAAGUAUGCUCCUGAGAUAGAGGAGUCUGAACAGAAGGUGGAAACAAUGGCAACAAACAUCCCACCAGAUGAAGCUCAGAAGCAGAAAGACACACUGAAUGAACUUGCUGAAAAUCUUUUUAAUCUUAUAUCAAGUGCAAGAGAGGACUGGGAGGGAGAGCAAAGUGCAGCAUCAAGAAGCUCAUCUGUUGUUAAUCCUGACCUCAACAGUCUUGUUUCCGCGGUUACAUUUGGAAGAGGUCUAAAACCAGCAAAAGUUACCAAGGGUCGAGGCUCUAAGUCUGAUAAAGCACAAAGUAGCUGGAUGAGUGACAAAUCUACAAAUAAAGCUCCAAGCUCUGUUAAAACAGACACUAAGGCAGCUGCCAGUGUUCACCCAUACUCUAUGCCUAACAGAACAACCAGCAGGACAGGACCAUGAUGUUUGAGAUCUGAUAUUGUUAUACCCAUAUAAUGUAUAGUGUACCAGUAUUGGACUGUCAUGGCAUCCAGUGUGAUGCUACCUUUCUUUGCAACAGUAUUGGACUGUCAUUGUCAAAUACAACACCAAUAGAUCAAUCAUCAGAACAAUAAUGUACCAUCAAGGUUUCAGGAGUUUAAUGCGGCAUGAUCGACUUACAACCUUUGUCAAAAGAAAUGCAAAAUUUUGGCAUUCAGAAAUUCUGCCCCUUCCUAGCCUUACAUUUUCCCCUACCCUCACAAUGUGAAUGAAGCAUUUUCCAACAAGACCUGUCAGGGACGUUUUCAAAUGCAGCAAAACUGGGAAUUGUUAAUGAGAUUAUCACAUGAUCACAGUAUCAUGCACUUAAGAACAAAACUUGUUCAGUGUGGAGAGAAUUGGCCCUCUUCCUCGAGGCCCAGCACUAAUGAUUACUGUAAAAAAAAAAGGCUUUAAUGCUCUGUAAGCCCCUCUUCCAGAGCCGUACGUAGUACCUAUCUGACUAGCUGAAAUGACAUAACAAUUGCAAGUAAAAAGUAAUUUGAUUUUAUCAUGCA